AUGCACGUGGUUGAUGACUUCGAUUUAGAGGGACCUAACGGAACACAUCGCUGCUUGGUAUUUGAGCUCUUAGGGCCUAGUGUUCCUGACACGAUAGAUGCACGCUUUUCUGAUGGGAGACUUUCUGGAAAGCUCGCUAAGACCAUUGCGAAACAGGUUGUUUCUGAACUUGAAUUUCUGCACCAAGAGAAAAUUGGACAUGGAGACCUUCAUACUCGCAAUCUGGCUUUCACCAUACUGUCCAUGGACAAUGUAUCGGAUAAGGAAUUCAUCGAGACGUUAGGAAAGCCAGAAAUUGGACAUGUCCAGAGGAGUGACGGUAAAGCUCUAGAACCUGGUAUACCGGAAUACAUUGUCAGACCCACUGGGACGCAUUCUUGGCCGUUGUCAAAUAUCAUCAAGAUUGUCGACUUUGGCGAAUCAUUCUUGCAGCAAACGUCCCUCAAACGCUUCACACACCGCUAA